CCAUAAUGCCAUAUCUGGAUAAUAACGUCCUGGCAUCUUACUCCAUGGCAUAUAAUAUGCAAUAUUCACUAUAUCUACCUCUAUCUCCAUCUAUCCAUACUAUACUGUAUUGUACUGUAUUGUGCAAUACUAUGCCACAGCCUUCUGUCGACAUACCCAGUCUUCUCACACUAUCACCCCCUUCCUUUGUCCCUUUCUUAAACCAUCUUCAUCUCUUGGCGUAUUCUACGUCUCUAUUUCUCAAAUACGCCUCAUUUUCCCAAAAAUCCCGUUGACACCUCUCAUCCGCCCUGAUGACACCUUCAUUGAGAAUGUUUGGGAGAUUCACCGUCGUUUUAUACGUCUUCAUUCCCCUGGCUGCCAUCACUACUCUACAUUGUCUUUUUCCGGCUCGACCGCCCCCCACGCUCCCAUAAUCUAGCCUUAUCUCCUCCCCUGAGCAGCUCUGAUUCUCUCUCUGCCUCUUCAUUCCCAUCUCUCCGCCAUCUGUGCGACGAAACAGACUGGACGGAGGGUCUCUGGCUCCAAUGCCACAACAAUGUCGGGCCAUCCAAGACCGCGAUGAGGGGCGGCCCCAGCAAUCUACGGAACAGGAUGCAGACGUGCGUAGGCCUUGCAACCUCCGCUGGCGCCGGUGUCUCCCCGCCUCUCAUAUACUCCACGGUCGCGGGCGGCGUUUCGCGCAGUAUUAUUGAUACAUUCUAGAUGCCCACGUUUGCCACUCGCAACGGUACUGACCUAAUGAAAUACCGCACAGAGGAAUGCCCUGAGGGUCUAUUUGACACUCUACCAGCAGGCUCUAUCCGCGGCCUGUCCGCAGCUGAAUAUCCGCGCCUGCAAUGACACCAAUGUGGUGCUUCUGCGACAGCACCGCGCGCAUACGAGAAGGUGGUGAACAGUAUACCCCCGUGUGAGGAUUGGGGAGCAUAGAACCCAACCCGGCUUUUAAUAAGCUCAGUCGUCCUUCUUCGACUCCGCUUAUCCCUCUAGGACGGUCUACCAAGUCCGGUUGCGGCAGGCACGCCAUCUAGCACAUCGUUCACAGGUCAUCUGUCAUGCUGGCCUUUCCGCCAUGGUUCAGGGGCUGGAGGUGAGGUCGUUCAUGCGGCCAUCCCAGAGGAUGGUGCCUGCCAAAUCAGACCCGACUGAGGCGAGGAGCGAAAGAGCCUUGAGCAUCCUGACGAAUAGCAGAGAGCAACAGCAAAGGAUGAGAAGACGCGAUCUAGCGUAACUGAAUCAGAUGAUGGUGAUCUGUUUCGCUGGCGGCAAUUUGAGCCGGCCGUCUCAUAUAUAAACAUGGUGCCUGAACGGCCGCCCUUGAAGAUCUGGGGGGUCCCUCAUGAUCUGGAGUACUAAUCGUUUUGUUUAGUAUAGGGGCAGUGGAUAGAUAUAUGAGUGGAAGUUGUUGGCAACGACUGCAUGUUAGGAGCGGAGAAAGUUGUUCCGGGAAGUUGAGGCGAUGGUAAGCGAGAAGGUGGAGGUUCUUGGUUCUUCCCGCGGGCCGGCACUUGGGUUUUUAGCCGCCUGGUAACGCCUGGUAACGCGUGGGAAAGCCCCGAUGUUCCUGCCGUCCUCAAGGUCAUGUCACUCAAUCACUCUGCGGUACAACGAAACGGGGACAACAUAACUGGGCAGGAUUAUAUAUGAAAUAUAUGACUUCUCGACUAUUUCGACGCGUCAUGUCCUCCGGUAAUGGCAAGCCCAUAUCCUUCGGCCCAUUCGAGGUCACAGACCAGGUCUUCUACACAACCCCCCUCUCCUUCGCCCUCGUGAACAUCAAGCCCCUCCUCCCCGGCCACGUCCUCGUCUCCCCCCACCGCUCCGUCCCGCGGCUCCCCGACCUCACCCCCCCCGAAGUAAGCGACCUCUUCCUCACUGUGCAGCGAGUCCAACGCAUGAUCGCAUUGACGUACUUCCCCUCCCCCGGCGCACCCACAGAGGGGGGAUUCAACAUCGCGAUCCAGGACGGCGUGGAGGCGGGCCAGAGCGUGCCGCAUGUGCAUUGCCAUGUGAUUCCACGGCUGAGGGGGGAUGGGAAGGGAGAUGGGAUUUAUGAUGAGAUGGCGGGGGAGGGGGGGAAUGUGGGGGGGCAUUUGUGGGAUAGGGAGAUGGCGGGGAGACCGGUGGCGGGGGGGAGGCUUCCGAGGAUUGAGGAUGCGACGAGGGAGGCGAGGAGUGGGGAGGAGAUGAGGCGGGAGGCGGCGGAGUUUAGGGAGAGGAUGAGGGAGUUGGAUGAGAGUGAGGCGGAGGUUUGA